UUCAUUUUGUACAGCUCGAACGUGACUCAGUUGGUCACUCUCCUCCUUGACUCCAAACUAGUUUCAGUUCUCUGUCACUUUGGAAAUAUUGGAUGCGGAGAUGGAGGAUGGACACCGGUCAUGAAGAUGGACGGCAACAAGGUAAGACAUUUGUGUACGUUUUCCCUUAGUUUGGCGACGAGAGUGGAAAAAAAUGUGUUAUUAAUAAUUAAAUACAGGUUUACCUCUGUCAGCGGUAAUUUUCAAUUAUCCUUAGGCUAGCCUGCGAAUACAGCCGUUUCUCCUUGCUCCUCGUCGCUAGGGACGUUCCACCAGGAGGAACGUCUGCACCUCAGCGACAGAAAUUCCAUACUAAUGACGUAAAAUUGUAACAUUUUCUGGGGAAGCAUAACCCCCAGUCCUCCAAGUUUGAAGUGCCUUCGGUGCUCCAACUUUUCUUCUCGUGCGUAUACAUGCUAAGUCCUUGGAUCUGAAAGAUUUAAGUAUUAAGAACACCUUUAAGCUUCUGGAAUAUCUCGGUCAGUAGCAGAGGUCAUCAUCCGCUUUUCCUGUCAGACGAUGUGAAGGUUUUCAUAUCAAAACACAGAGGCCUCUGGUCUCUGUACUUGCGAAUACGCGAGAAGUAAAGAUAAUUAAAUUCAAUUCGGCAUUUUUCAAUCGCAUCAAUGAUUAAAGAGCGCAGUAUUUGUUUACUUUUUAUUCUAUCGGUGACCAUUAACGCCAUUUCGCCUGCUGUGACUAACUUCAUUUUAUAAAUCUGGAGAAACAAGGACGUUGUAGAUAUUCUUUUCACUAUAAUUGAUCUUUCAUUACAAAUUCCUUUUUUUUCCCUUCUCCUGAAAGGAUGUUGUCUUAAGAAGAAAAAGAAACCUUAAUUUGAACUUUUCUUUUUAAAGGACAUUUUUCCUAUUUCUUCCUCCUUUCUACCAUAGCAAACAUUUCAUUACGAUGCAGCCUUUUGGAGAAACAAAGAGACCUUUAACCUUAACGGAGGGAAGACUGGUUUUGACUCAAAAGAGACUAAACUGCCCUCCUACUGGAACACUUCCUUCUCCAAGAUCUGCCUCGGUAUGAAGCUCGGCCAACAGAUCAGGUUUAUUGUCAUCAACCGGCAAGCGAAUUCCUUGUACUCUCUGAUCGCUGAUGGGCAAUACCGCGGCACAUCGCUGGGUCGUGACACUUGGAAGUCACUAAUUGGUUCUGAGGCCUCCUUGCAGCUCAACUGUAACAAGGAAGGAUUCAAUGCUGUUAGUAAAAAUUCUGCAGCUUCCAAAGCCAGAAUCGGUAUCAUUGGUAACGACCAAGACGAUUGCCACUCUUGCAACUCUAGAAUUGGAUUUGGCACUGGUGGAUGGCCUGAUAAUACCAUCUCUUGUGGUAACGCGGCUUCCCGUACUUCAGAUAAUGGCGCGAAGUAUAUUAAGGCAAUGGGAUAUAUUUUGGUACAGUGA